GUUGACUACUGAUGCGCCGCGUGUAGCUCGCUCGAACGCACAUUUAAAAAGCCGUCAUUCGAGUACUGCUGAACGCGCAGUAAGGCCCUUAAUUCUUCCCGUUAUAAGGUGCGUUACUCAGUCGCCGCGCGCGCGGGAGCCGAAAUCUCCUCCUUUCUUUUCCCCCCUCAGUGCUAGUCCGGCCAGCACGCAGCUCACACGCGCUCGAGCUUUCCGCCGCCGCUCAUAAUCGCGGUGUGUGUUAUCGCGCGCGCAGUACGACUCUCGGCUCUGAGCAGGUGCCGCGCACUCUUGCGUACUCGAGCGCGGAGCUUAUAGUUACGAGCGAGCAGCAGCAGCAGCAGCAGCAGCAGCAGUGAUCCGUCGGUUUAUUUGUUCCACUGUAAAAUUUGUGCGCGACGCGUUGCCGCAAACAUGGUGGUCAACCUCAGGCUGUCGACGAGCUCGCAGCUCAUCAAGUACCUCAUGUUCAUCUUCAAUCUGAUCUUCGUGAUCACGGGAAUCAUCCUGCUGUCGAUAGGGUCGGUGAUACACGGCGUCUACCACGACUACCAGCACUUCCUGGACGACAGAUUUUUCUCCGUCCCCUCGCUCCUCAUCGCCAUAGGAUCCAUCAUUUUCUUCAUCGCCUUCUUCGGCUGCUGCGGAGCCAUCAAGGAAAAUUACUGCAUGAUCGUCACGUUUGCCACGCUGAUGGUCCUCGUCUUCAUCCUCGAGUUGUCCGCUGGUAUUUCCGGUUACGUUCUGCGCAACGACGCGACUGAAGUGUUGAGCGAUAAAAUGAAAAAGUCCAUGGAGGGCUACAAAAAGACCAACGAGGAAAUCUACGUCAUUUGGGACCAGAUUCAACGAGACUUCGAAUGCUGCGGAACCGAUAAGCCAGAAGACUGGCUGACGGAGUUGAAGAACCAAUCGAACCCCGACUCUCUGCCGAUGUCUUGCUGCAGAACGCAGGGCGGCCAAGUCGGCUCGAUCAAUUGCACGAUAAAAAUGCAGUACCCGGAUAGGUUUACGAAAGGCUGUUUGACCGUACUCGCCGACUUCGUCAAAGGACAUGCCGUGCAGCUCGGUGGCGCCGGCAUUGGUAUCGCAUUCAUGCAGGCCUUGGGCAUUUGGUUCUCCGUCUACCUAGCCAGAUCCAUCAAGAGAAAUUACGAUAACAUGUAAUAGACGCCCGCUGCGAUAGCUUGUAAAAUUCGGUUCCCGUGAUUAUCCGCCGGAUCGCUGAUCUCGAUAUUAGAUCGUUAAAUUUCAAGUAAUCCGGUUUAUCUCUCUUGAGUACGAAAACACGGAAAAGAGACUUUUAUCACUUUUAUCAUAAGAAAAGAGAACUUUGUACAGGUUAUUGAUCGAAAUAAACAAAUUUCGAUAAGCGCCGUUUGUACUUGUAGCAACAGACUAUGAGUAGUGAUAUCACUCAAAUAUGCGCUGCAUACGCGUGUUCUCUUCGCGAAGUUGUCGUUCGCAAAUUUCAGGCCAUAGCUGAAGCUUCCAGUGCCAUUUUUUGUUACUGUUGAUUGUUGACUAUGAUAAGCGAUGGCUCGCGCGAACCUUCCUUUAAACAUCCUUUUACCGUAUCAUUACGCUUUACCUUUCAACACCAAGAUAUCCGUUGAUCUGCAUCUGCGCAAGAGGAGACGAGACUAAAACGAUUCAUCAACUAGUUGUUCAUAUGAGCUUGAAUAAGCUUACGUGAAAAUUCUUAUUUCUAUGCUAAUUGCAAAAUAGCACGCAUGUUUGAAAGUACUUUAUAUAUUAAAAUAAAGAAAUAAAGGUUUAAAAUGCUUUAUCUUUAGAA